CUUAAAAGUUUAUAUUUGUUGUUGUUAUAUUUUUAAAAUUUGCUUAUUUUUUAUUUUUUUAAUAAACAUGAUCUAGUGAACAAUGUAUUGCAGUAUUUUUAUGCUGCAAUUAUCACAUAUUAAGUCCGUCCAUUUUAUUUUAUUAUUUAAUUAAUACUCUAUAAUUUUGAAUUAUGGAUAAUUACAAAAAUAUUUCAGACCAAAGCAACACCAGUGCCUGUUUUGUAUGUGCAAUUAAAGAAAAUUUAUGUAUUGUAUCAGAAAAUUUGGAGGAAAAUGAUGUCUUUAUGAAACUAUUUAAAUUAGAGCCCAGUCAAGAAAUAAAAAGAUAUAUUUGUGUUAUAUGUUUAAAACCAGUUAAAGAAAUUUGUCAAUUUAUAUAUAUUACACAAAUGAAGAGAAACUUAAAAGAUAAUAAUAUGAAUGAUGUUUGUAAAGUAUGUUUCCAGUCGGAAAAAUUAAUUUCAUUUCCUCCACAUUUACUUGAUGUUUUCAGAAGUAUAUUUUACGGAGAGGUAAAAUACAACUGCUCUGAAGAAUAUAUAUGUAACAAGUGCCUUAUUGAAUUAGAAAAUAUAUCAAAUUUUAUAUUAUUUGUUAAAAGUAAUAAAGAGUCUAUAAUUUACAAAAUCCCAGUUAAAUAUGAAUUUAGUUAUACGCAAGUUACAGAAGAUAUUGUUGAAAAUAAAGAAAUUUCAAAAGAUUUGGCUAUUGUUAAGUCCGUUGAAAUAAAAGAGGAACCUUUACAGGAUGAUGAUGACGAUGAUAUAUUUGAAGAAACAGAAUCAUUAUUUAAAAAUGAAGAUGCUUCUGUUAAAUUUGAAAAUAAUAAUAAUUUUGAUUUAAAAGCCGAAGAAAUUAAAAUAGAGGAUUACAAGGAAUUCACACACCCUGAAGACUAUCAUUUGCAUCCUGUGCUCAAGUGUGAGGUUGAAGAUGAAGGUAUCCAAUGUAACUAUGAUGAAAUAAUACCUCUUAAGUGUUCAGUCUGUGGCAGAUCUUUUAAAACUACAAGAGACUUAGUAAAUCACUUGCAGCAAAGAUUGCGGUGCCGAUAUCAAGUCCCAUUUGUUGCUCAAUAUUGGAAAUCAUUUGUUCAAAAAGUGGCCAAACCUUUUAGAUGCCUUGUGUGCCUUAAAUAUUUUUCCUCUGUUAAGCGAAAAAUCGACCACAUCAAACAACAUUUUAAAGCCGGAUGUGUAGUUUGUCCCAUUUGCGGUAAACUAUUUACCAAAGAAAAAGAGUACUAUAAUCAUUUCCGCCACCAUCUAACCAAACAACUGCCUCUGAAAUGUAAAUCAUGUCCUAGAAAGUUUCCGACAAAACUAAUCUACUUAAAACAUCUCACGAAGCACAAGCAAAGGAAGAAGAAACAGUAUCGAUGUGUAAGAUGUAAGCAGCCCUUAUCCAGUGAGAUGUAUCUGAGGAAACAUUUGAAGAAGACAGUUAAAUGUCCGUAUUGUGAUGCAGUUUUCUGCAUCAAGGCACAACUGGCUAGCCAUCUUCGGUCUCAUAUAGAGUCGGAACGUUACCAAUGUGCGGAAUGUUCGCGUUCUUUCAACCACAAAGGUAAUCUGGUAAAACAUUGCAGAACACACACAGGAUACAGACCUUGCGUAUGCAAAAUAUGUCUAAAAGGCUUCUCCCGUAUCGAUUAUUUACGCAAGCAUUACAUUAGCAUCCAUAACCAAGAGAUGGAAAGGACACGUAAACAGUACACAUAUAAGAAAAAACGACAAAUGCAAAAGCAAAAAGAAAAUUCCGCCAGUAAAAGCGUCGAAGGCUUCAGUUGCGACAUUUGCAAUAAAACCUAUCCUUCCAAAACAUCUUUGUCGUCUCACAUUAGAGUCCACAACAGCGGCAAAUCGUUUCAAUGUAAUGUGUGCGGAAAAUCGUUUGCCUACAAAGGUUUACUUAACGGUCACAUGAAAAUCCAUCUCGGUUACAAACCAUUCGCUUGUACGUUGUGUCCCAAAACCUUCAUCAAACGCAACGAUCUAACCAGGCACACAUUUACGCACACGAAGGAAAGAAACUUUAGAUGUGAGAUAUGCUACCAAGCGUUCGCCAGGAAAGACGUUCUUCGGCUGCAUCUCAGAAACCACACAGGCCAAAGACCCUACCAAUGCGACGGUUGCUUGAAGACUUUCACCCAGAAAUCCAAUAUGACGCACCAUCUUAAAAGGUGUAAGGCUGUGGACAAGUAGAUAAGUAUUCUUCAUUUCUUUAAAGAAUUAUCGUAUAAUAGGAUCCUGUAGGUCUAGAAGGGAACUUAAAAUUGUAUGUGUACGAGGGUACGAUGAUAAGUUCUUUGCUGACAUAUAGUUGGCAUUGUUAGUAGGCUAUUGAUUAUGUUCAAAAUAAGAUAGCUAAAAGGAACUACAACGUUAACGUGAUUUUAUUGUUUCAUAUGGUCAAUGGACAUCUAAAUUUGAAAAAGCCGCGAAGUGCUACUAUUUAAAUGGGUGCGUUUUUGAGAAAGGAGGGAAUUAGUCCCUAUCCACAGGGUGAAUUAGGGUGAGUUCUAUGCACUUUUGGUACAAACACGUCUACAGGAAAAUUGUUGCAGGAUAAAUUAGCUAUCGAAAUAUUACAUUUUACAGUCAAAAGUAUUUUUUGUUCACAAAAAUUUACUCAAAAGAAAGCCAAAAAAAAACAUGAAAGAAAGCAAUUUCGUUUUUUGCCUCAUAACUUUUUUCCACAGUUUUUCCAUAACCUCGAUCCUUCCUCUUUGAAAUGACGUUUGCCAGAAGGCUCUAAGAUUUAUAGUUUCCGAAAUAGGAUUUUUCAAAAUUCGCCACUCACAAUAUUUUUGGGCCAUUUUCCCCAAUAUUUGGCAAACAUCGUUCUGUAACUUUUUUCUAUGCAUUUCUAGAUAUAUGCAAUCACACAUUUAGUAGAAAGAGAAGUCAAUUACCUUUAAAACGGUCUAUUGUAUAAGGUUGUAUAGUCUGUUCGCUAAACUCGGACGCAACUUUCUAGAUGUUUUAGUUGGUAAUUUUGCGAAUUUUAGUAAAAUUGGCAAAAAAUAAUUACUAAAUAGUUAAUAAUCACUAAAUAGUUAGUAAUUUUGUCAAUUUUUGCAAAAUUGGCAAAAAACAAAAAAAUUAUCGACUAAAAUAUCUAGCCAGUUGCGUCUGAGUUUAGCGAACCGACUAUAUGAAUAAUUUUAAGCAAGUUAUGCUUUUCAAGGUUUUAUACUUUUAAUGAUUUUUGAUAUUUUUUAUGAUUAUUUUUAAAAUUUUUCAUUAUGACUUUUUUCCUUGUACAUUUAGGUACAUAUAUAUACAUUAUGAAAUAAGAAAAACAUAUUUUCUGUACUUUAAAAUGGUGUAUUGCAAAAAAUUCUAGGACUAUUUUUAAACAAGAUAUCCGUAGUAUUUUUUUUUUCAAUUAGAGGAAUAUAAUUGCAUACUAUAACAUAAUUUUUAAUUCCAAAUAACUUUUCUUAACACUUUUCGGUAUUGUGAAAUAUAAAGGUACUUUACUCUUGAGCGAAAUUCAUAUUUUUAACAUACCUCGUACACUAUUGAUAAAAUUUUAUAUCUGAUGAUUGUAUCUUAUGUCUUAGGCUAUGCAGAGAAUUUUAUAGGAAUAACUUUUUUUCAUAAAGUUAAUAAUAAAAAGGUUUUCCAUUAGGUUCCAACUUAGUGGGACCUAUUGCAUGCGUAUAUGUCACACUUUGAAAAAGCAUAUCUUAUUUAAAAAAUAGUCCAAUAAUUUUUUACAAUAAACCAUUUUAAAGUAAAGAAAAUAAGCUUUCUUUUGCACAAUGUAUAUACCGAAAUAUACAAUAAUGAAAGUUAUAAUGAGAAAUUUAAAAAUAAUCGUAAAAUACAUCAAACAUCAUUAAAAGUAUAAUACUUUGAAAAGCCAUACCUUGCUUAAAAAUAGUCAUAUAGCCUUCUACUAUAGACCAUUUUAAAGGCAAUUGACUUUUAUUCCUAUUAAAUGUAACACUGCAUAUACCUAAAUCUAAGUAGAAAAAAGUUACAGAACAAUGUUUGCGAAGUAACAAGGAAAAUGUCCCAAAAUCGCUGUGAGUGGCAAACUUUGAAAAAUCAUAUUUUGAAAACUAUAAAUCGUAGGGACUUCUACUGAACGUCAUUUUAAAGAAGAAGGAUGAUAGUUUUUUUUUCUGUGAAGCAAUGUCUAUACCUCUACCCCGAGAAAAAAAGUUAUGGGGCAAAAAACAAAAUUGCUAUCUUUCGUGUUUUUUUCUUGCUUUUCUUUUGAGUAUAAUUUUGUAAAAAAAAAUAUUUUUGACUUUAAAAUGUGAUAUUUCGAUAGUAAAUUUAACCUGGAACAAUUUGCCUGUAAAUGUUUUUGCACCAAAAGUGCAUAGAACUCACCCUAAUUCGCCCUGUCCCUAGGGACUAAUUUACCCCAUUCUCAAAAAUGCACCCCUUUAAAUGGUAGCACUCCGCGGUUUAUUCAUAUUUAGGGGUAAAUUGACUAUAUGAAACAAUAAAAUCCCGUUAACGUUGUAGUUCCUUUCUAAAAUACAUAAUCAAUAGCCUAACAGUAACGAAAUCAGGGUUGACAAAAACCAAGGUUUUUCCAAGAAACAAAAAAAAUAAGUUUUUUGCUUUAAACCAGGUUUAUUUGAUACAAAGUCUAAGUGCUUUAAAAACAAAUAAAUUAUUUUAUAAAAUAAUGGUAAUAAACAAUGAAAAACAUGAUAAAGGCAACUUUUAUUUUUUUUUACAUGCACAAAAAAUUAAUAUAACAAAAAACAUCUUCAAGAGUAAUAAUAUUCAAAAUAACUAAGUUCGAAAAUACAAAAAUAUGAUUUAUUUAUCUCCAUUUUCUUCAUUUUUUUCUCCAAAAACACCUGUUUGAAGGCUUUUGCUGUACCCAAACCUGUUUCGAAGUUGCGACUCCACUAGCCCAAAGGAAGAAAAAAGAAUGUGUGUGUACUUUGUACGCACGUAAGAAGUUAUACUUCUAUUAUAAUAUAAUUUCAACGAAAUAAAUAUACUUUCAACAGGUUAUUUGUAUUUAAAGAUUAAACUAAUUUUUACUUACUACUUUCCAAAAAUUUUUAUUAAAUCAAUACUAAAAUAAAAAAAAAAGUUAGGUAACACACGGAUUCGAACCAGGGACCUCUCGAUCUCCGGUCGAACGCGCUACCACCGAGCUAAACUCCCUUUGCUUUGACAGCUUACAAGAUUUCUCAUAGAUACUGGCAAAUUUAAUAGACCAAGUGAGGUAUAAAAAUACUUUAAAAUUUAAAGUAAAUAUCUCAGGUGCAACAAAAUCGAUCCACUAAAAAUUUGGUCAUUUUUGAAGUUUCGAAUUUCCUAAACCUGUUGUUGGAUUUAACUGAUUUUUUUACCACGUUAUAGCCUUAUUCAUUGACAAUAUCGCUGUAAUAAUAUUGUUGCUAGACAGUCAAUCUGUCAUUGUAUACCGGGUGUACGAAUCAAACUGUGCCUUUUUCUCAAAGUUCGCAUCACCCUGUGGACUAUCACAUAAAAGGAAAGAUUGAGGGCAAGAGAGGAGUAGGUCGCAAAUGUGGUGGCUGCGAAAUAUAAAGAACUGACAGGCAUAAAUAACACUGGCUAACUUUUGCAUACCGCAUAAUUCAGACCUUUGGAUGCGUUCUUGAAAAUCUUGAAAAUUUGUACAGUGCGAAGAAUACUGAACAUCCUAUGAAGAUUUUAUAGAGCCGAAAGAUAAUUGGAGGUCUUAGAAUAAUAGAAGAUAUUGAAGAAAAAAGAUAAUGUUCAAGUAAAAUAUGUUUUAUAGGCUCAAAAAUGAUGAUGACGUCGGAUGACCGACGGUUACAGAUGAUGGACAAAAGAAGAGAAUCCAAGCGGAAAGACUAUGUUGCAUAUCAGUUUCUAGAUAAAGAGAUAAAAAAGCUGCCAGAGAAGCUAAAAACAGAAAUCUGGAAGAACAGUGUGAAGAAAUCGAGAUAUUGGAACGUAAACACGAUUCCUUCAACCUCCACAAAAAGAUCAAAGAAGCAGCCGGCAUCUAUAAAUCAAAAAGGUCGGGACACUUAACAGACGCUCAAGGAAAUCCAAUAGUUGAUAUUGAAGAAACAAAAACAACAUGGAUGAACUAUGUGACAACAACAUUUGAAGACGAUAGGAUUGUCACCAUCACACAAAAUGAAAAUGACGCUACCGGACCACCUAUUCUCGAAGCGGAAGUAGAAUCUGCUAUAAACAAUAUUAAGGAGGGAAAAGCCGCAGGACCAGACGAGUUCUACUCAGAAUUUUUGAAAAUUAUGGAUAAAGACGAAGUCAAAAGACUUACCUUGAUCUUCAACAAUACAGGGUGUAACAAAAAUACAGGUCAUAAAUUAAAUCACAAAUUCUAGGCCCAAAAAUAGUUCCAAUGAACCUAACAUACCUUAGUACAAAUAUGCAUAGAAAAAAAGUUAUAGCCCUUUGAAGUUACAAAAUAAAAAUCGAUUUUUUCGAAUAUAUCGAAAACUAUUAGAUAUUUUUUAUCGAAAAUGGAUGUGUGGCAUUCUUAUGACAGGAGCAUCUCAAAGAAAAAUUAUAAUGCAAUUUGUGCUCCCCAUAAAAAUUUUAUGGGGGUUUUGUUCCUGUAACCCCCCCAAACUUUUCUGUACGUUCCAUUUAAAUUAUUAUUGUGAUACCAUUAGUUAAAUUCAAUAUUUGUAAAACUUUUUUGGCUCUUAGUAUUUUUUCGAUAAGGCAGUUUUUAUCGAGUUGCAGCUUCUUUUUUAAUAUGUUUACAUAAAAAUUUUAUGGGGGUUUUGUUCUUUUAAACCCCCCAAAUGUUUGUGUACGCUCCAAUUAAACUAUUACUGCGAUACCAUUAGUUAAACAAAAUGUUUUUAAAACUUUUUUGCCUCUUUGUAUUUUUUCGAGAAGGCACCUUUUAUCGAGAUAUGGCUUCUUUUUUAAUACGGUUCAAAAUAUACCUAAAAAUGUAAAUCAUACAUAAAUUUUCAUAUUAUCACAAAGUCUCCAUAAUCGUACUUAACAUAAUACAAAUAUGUGGUGGAUUUGACAAAUAUUCAAAAUAUCUCGAUAAAAACUGACUUUUCGAAAAAGUACUAAGAGCCAAAAAAGUUUUACAAAUAUUGUGUUUAAGUAAUGGUACUACAAUAAUAAUUUAAUUGGAACGUACACAAAAGUUUGGGGGGGUUUAAAGGAACUAAACCCCCAUAAAAUUUUUAUAGGGUGUCCAAAUUUCCCUAUAAUAUUUUCUUAAGAUGCUACUGUCAUAAGAAUGUUAUAUGUCCAUUUUCAAUAAAAAAACUUUAAUAGUUUUCGAUAUAUUGAAAAAAAUUGAUUUUCAUUUUGUAACUUCAAAGGGUUGUAACUUUUUUUAUAUGCACAUUUGUACUAAGGUAAGUUAGGUUCAAUCAAACUAUUUUUGGUCCUAGAAUAUGUGGUUAAAUUUAUGACCUGUAUUUUCGUUACACCCUGUAUAUACCAAAGUGGAAAAAUAUCCCAACAGUGGCUAAGAUCAACUUUUAUAACAAUCCCUAAAAAACCCAGUGCCAAAAAAUGUGAAGAUUAUCGAAUAAUAAGCCUUAUGAGCCAUCUCCUGAAAACUCUUUUAAAAAUUAUACAUAAAAGAAUAUAUAAAAAGUGUGAAGAACACAUGACAAACACACAAUUUGGCUUCAGGAAUGCAUUGGGUACUCGAGAGGCACUUUUUGCAAUACAAGUUCUCUUUCAAAGAUGUAGAGACGUGAAUUGUGAUAUAUAUGUGUGUUUUGUUGAUUACCAGAAAGCGUUCGAUAGAAUAAAACAUGACGAACUGAUGAAAAUAUUAAAUUAAAUUGGUCUAGACAGCAGAGAUCGCCGUAUAAUAAACAAUAUCUAUUACGAACAAACUGCAGCUGUUAGAGUAGGGGAUCAGUUAACAGACGACAUAAAGAUAAAAAGAAGUGUGCAACAGGGAUGUAUAUUGCCCCCAUUAUUGUUCAAUACAUAUUCAGAGCACCUUAUGAACCUAGCGCUAACGGAUAUGACGAGGGAAUACUUAUAAACGGAGAACGAUUGAACAACAUAAGAUACGCUGAUGAUACUGUCAUUUUUGCAGACAGUCUUGAAAGUCUGCAGACACUUGUCUCCGGGGUGGCAGAAGUAAGUAGCAGGUUUGGGCUUGAUUUUAACAUCAAAAAAACCAAAUACAUGGUUAUAAGCAAAAAUAGGAUACCACCUGGUCAAUUACUAGUUAACCAACAACCUAUAACACAAAUCACCAACUUUUGUUAUUUGGGUGCAAACUUAAAUGAACAGUGGGACCAAUCGACGGAAAUUAAGAUAAGGAUCGAGAAGGCAAGAUCAGCUUUCGUCAAAAUGAAAAAAAUCUUUAACAGCCACGAUAUAAAAUUGGAAAUAAAGGUUCGUUUACUAAAAUGCUACGUAUUCUCUGUUCUUUUAUAUGGCGUGGAGUCAUGGACCUUAACUGAAGAAUCACUGAAGAGACUCAAAGCAUUUGAGGUGUGGUGCUAUAGACGCAUUUUGAGAUAGACAGAGAUAGACAGAUAGACAGUUCUGGAUAGACAGAGUAACCAACGAAGAAGUUCUACAUAGAAUGGGUAAAGAGCGCGAACUAGUAACCAUAAAACGUCGCAAACUGGAAUACCUGGGUCAUAUAAUGCGCAAUGAACAACGAUAUGACCUACUUCGGACCAUACUUCAAGGUAAAGUGCAUGGGAAAAGAGGUCCAGAACGAAGAAGGAUAUCCUGGCUGCAUAACCUGCGAAAAUGGUUUAACUUAACCACUACCGGACUUUUCAGGGCAGCAGUCAACAAAGUCAGAAUAGCCAUGUUAGUGUCCAGCAUCCGUAACGGAUAGGCACCAUAAGAAGAAGGCUCAAAAACGCAAAGUCGAUAAACCAUACCAUCCGUACCUUAAGAUAAUGAUCUACCGGUGGAACCAUCAGUAUUGAAUCUGUUACAGACUAACUUUUAAACUGAGAACAAAAUUUGGUGCCUUAAAAUAGUAAUGACCAACUUCCAAUUCCAAUGUUUGGAAAGCUCUAUUUUGUAGAUAUUGUGAAUACUGUCGUCUUCCACGUAAAAAUAAAUGUAUACAUCACAAAAAAAUAAGAUCUCUACUAUAUAACUAAACAUUUUUUAUUGUUGUUUAAGUUGGGUAUAUUUAGUUGGGUAUAAAAUUAUUUUGGGUAGUAUUUGGGUAUAAAGUAGGUAUAUAUGCAUGUAUGUUUUUUUUUGUCGUUUUUGAAACGACUUAUGUACAGAAUAUUUUAGUAAAACUAUUUUUAACAAGUUGCAUUUCGUUUGUUCAUAGAACAAGGGUAUUGUAAUAUAAUUAUCCAACAUAUUGUGUUAAAAUAGUUUAAAAAAGUAGAUAAAGCAACAAAAGACACUUCAGUAGAUGAAUUUGAAUGAAGCAUUAUCGAAUUACACCAUAUGAGCAUACCAUAAAAAUAAUCGGUGUAUUUCUUGUUUGUUAUUAUUUGUUUUAUAAUACUAAAGAUGUAGCUCUAGUACAUCUCAAAAUUUUAUCGUUAGUUAAAAAAUGAAAAUUAAAUAAAAAUAUAUAGUUGUGUGGUUAGUACACUAAAAUUUUCUGUACAUACUGUUUGUUUUUAAUCUAGAAUUACAUUUUUUAGUCAUUUUAAACUAAUAGUUUUUUAGUUAUUAUUUUUAAAGAAUUUAACUAAUUGUAACCCAGUAACAUUAAUUAUACACUAUUUAGUU